CAGCCUGCGAGAACCUGCAGAAGACUCUCAAUAUUUUUCCCUAAAUAUGAACCCACGGUUGGGGAGGUGGGGUGUCUUCCACUCAGGAAGCCUGAAACCAGACCCGAGGGCUUGCUGUGGCGGGGCCGGUGGCCCCGCGGAUGACGGCUGCGGGGAGGCGGAAGGGUGCUGCGCGCAGGUUAUGAGGCUGUUGCUGAGAUGGGCCAUUUCCUCCGCGGCUGAUGGAGCCUCAGCCCGGCGGCUUUGAUAGAGGUGCAAACAUUUGGGGACAGAUUUACAUAAAAUAGCCGCGUUUAAUCCCGUGGGCUGCAAUUAACAUCACAGGCUUCUUCGGACACCGUUGUGAUAUGGCCGCAGGCAGCCAAUUGGAAAGGCCAGACGGCCAGAUCAAAGCAGCCGUCCGCCAAUCAGCAAUGCCCCCCUGCCGGCAUCGUGAUGUCACCGGGGGGGUGUUUAUGGCGGGGUAUAACAGCGGCCCCUUGCCCGCUCCCGCUCGCUGGGGCCGCUGAGGUCAAGUGGAGUCAGUCCCGGCCCCGCCGCAGCUUGGGGCUGUGCCAGGGCGGCUGCCCCGCCAGGCGGGCGCGGGGCCAGGAUGAGCUCUCCCGGGACGGAGGGCGCGGGCAAACCCCCGCAGUACCGCGUGGAUCACCUGCUGAGCGCCGUGGAGAACGAGCUGCAGGCGGGCAGCGAGAAGGGGGACCCGACAGAGCGGGAGCUGCGGGUCGCGCUGGAGGACAACGAUCUGUGGCUGCGCUUCAAGGAGCUCACCAACGAGAUGAUCGUCACCAAAAACGGCAGGAGGAUGUUCCCGGUGCUGAAGGUGAGCGUAUCGGGGCUGGACCCCAACGCCAUGUAUUCCUUCCUGCUGGACUUCGUGGCGGCCGACGGCCACCGCUGGAAGUACGUGAACGGAGAGUGGGUGCCGGGCGGAAAGCCGGAGCCGCAGGCGCCCAGCUGCGUCUACAUCCACCCCGAUUCGCCUAACUUCGGGGCGCACUGGAUGAAGGCGCCUGUCUCCUUCAGCAAAGUCAAACUCACAAACAAGCUCAACGGCGGCGGGCAGAUUAUGUUGAACUCUCUGCACAAGUACGAGCCGAGGAUUCAUAUAGUGCGAGUGGGUGGCCCACAGCGGAUGAUCACCAGCCAUUCCUUCCCAGAGACCCAGUUUAUAGCCGUGACGGCCUACCAAAAUGAGGAGAUCACAGCUUUAAAAAUCAAAUACAAUCCAUUUGCAAAGGCAUUUCUUGAUGCAAAAGAAAGAAGUGAUCACAAAGACAUGAUGGAGGAAGUGGGAGACAACCAGCAAUCUGGGUAUUCUCAGUUAGGUAGUUGGCUUAUACCGGGGACUGGGACUCUGUGCCCACCUUCCAAUGCUCACCCUCAGUUCGGAGCCCCCCUGUCGCUCUCCUCUGCUCACAGCUGUGAAAGAUACUCAUCGCUGAGAAGCCACCGUCCUGCCCCAUAUCCCAACCCCUACACUCACAGAAACAAUUCACCAACAGCCUAUGCCGAUAACUCCUCUGCCUGCCUUUCCAUGCUGCAGUCCCAUGACAACUGGUCUUCUCUAGGAGUUCCCACACACACAACCAUGCUGCCCAUGAGUCACAGCACUGGCACAGCUACCAGCUCCAGUCAGUAUCCUAACUUAUGGUCUGUGAGUAACAGCACCAUCACGCCGGUGUCUCAGUCGAGUGGGAUGUCCAAUAGCCUGAGCUCCCAGUUUUUGCGCAGCUCUCCAGUGCACUACACUGCCCUUUCGCACCCAGUCACUGCCGCCGCCUCUGCCUCCCCGCUGUACGACAGCGGAGCACCCACGGACCUGCCCGACAGCCAGUACGAUGCCUCCACACAUGCCAGGCUAGCAUCCACAUGGACACCUGUCACACCCCCUUCCAUGUAAACCCUUUUCUGUAAGACAGACUUUUUAGCUACUGAAUUACUUUACAAUGCUUAAUCCUCAAGGAGGAGGAAAAAGAGAUGUGAAGUAAAUUAUAGACAGCAUCUGCCCUGCUUUGUGUAGAGCAUCUACAUUAUACCUCGUUACAGUGAACAGUGCAUCACUGACUUCAUGUAGAGUUUACAAAACCUGGUGAGUGUGCAAUUCUGAGAGCAGAUUCACUGCUUUUAAACUUUCUCUCUCUCUUUUUUUUUUUCUUGUAAGUUUGAUAGACAACUUUUAAGAUUCUUUUACUUAGAUUCCAAAUGUCUCAGGGUUCUGAUGUAUUUGGACCUGAAGUUUUGCAUUGUUCUUGAGUAAGUUAACUUCUAACUGGUUUUCAGUUGAUUUUUCUAAUGGCAAAACUUAGCUAUAGUUGUGAGAAGACUUUUAUUAACUGUCUAGUUAGAAGCAUUCUGAAGUAUGCACAAAUGUAGCUGAGGAGUGAAGAUUCUGGAAAAUCAUGUGCACUAACACGUAUUUGCCUCACAAAUACGUUGUGUUCUUAACUGUAUGAUUAUUUCCUUGCUGCUGAAUUCAUGUCAAGACAAUCUGCAAGAGCUACAAUCUUCCUAAAUAAACCCAGUAUCCAUUUUUUAAAGUUGUGAUAUACCCCAAAGCCUCCUUUUAGAGACAAGUUGUACUGUUUGGUUAUAUAAAUUGACUGGAUUUGAAUCUGCCUGGGUCCAACACCUUCUGUGCCCACCUGCCUCUAUCGCAUGCCUUCAGCCUGAGGCAAGGGUAUGGCAUGGCUCAAGAGUCACCUUUCAAAAACCUAAUUUUUCAGCCAGCCUGCUCAUUCCUCAGCUUGGUGUAAAAUUUGCUAGCAUACCUAGCACUGGAACCUGCUGUUAGAAAACAGGGAGGUUACAUUUAUUAAUGGUGUUUAAUAAGAAGCCUUAUCAAAAACAUUUUCAAACCUACUGAAGAAAAUUACUUGUUUUGUGGUUUGAUUCCCUCCCCUCACCCCCUUCUUCUUGUGUGUGUGUGUGUGUGUUUGGGUUUUGUUUGUUUGUUUUUGUUGUUUGGGUUUUUUGUGUGGUCUCCAGCUCAGGCCUUAAGGGAGGGAAUUCAACACCUGGGAGAAUUUGUUCUAAUUUAUUUUCUUUCAAUAUUGUACUCUUUUGGUUUAUAUUUAUUAUUUGGUAAACUACAACUUGGUUUUCUACAUGUUGAGAUGUGUAAAUAAUCCCUCGACCUGCAGUGUACUCUUUGUAAGACAAUCAUAUGUGGUGUAUGUCACCCAAUGGCACACUGAACAGUAGGGUUGUAAGCAGUUCACUUAAAUGAAGGAGGGAAAGAUCUAGCUAUGAAUAAUUGGGGAGGAAAGUGAGAUAUGCUGAGUUUUAAAAUACACUGACUGCUUGAUUUGCUAGAAAGAUCAAGUCUUGAGAAAAUACCUUCUUCAGGACUGAUAUUAAAUCAUAUGUUCCAGAUUUCUAAAGCAGGCUAAUCCAAAACAUUGACUCAAAGAGUGCCCUUGGACAUGUCUCUUUCUCCUACUGACUCUGCCAAGUACAUAUCCAGAGGAAAUUGAACUGUUUUGCAUAAGCCAUAAUAAAUAACUUUAAUAAUGAAGUGCUUAAUAUAGUGAAGCAAAAUUCUCUAUCAGGGAUUUCCAUGAAUAACUCCAUGAUGUGUGAGCUCAUGUGCUAGAGCAGCAACUUUAGCAUGAAAAAAAGCAAAUAUUUGCCACCAUUUUGGUCUCUUUGACAUCCUAUGGGCAGGUCCCUGCACCUAGAAAGACUUUGGCAGGGCUUUCCCCCUGCAGAAGGAUUUGUAUGUGACUGCAGGCUGUGGUCUUCUGGAGGUAGUCCAGCAGGAGACAGCACCAGAAGCAGAUGGCUGCAUGACCAAGUUUUCUGUCAAUAUGUAAAUGUUGAUCUAAGUUCUCCUAUUUUAUUGUGAAGGUGAAUUGUGUAAAUUAUGUAAGUGCAUUAUUAUUUAGACUAUUUGGUAGAAAUCAGCAGCCUGUUUCAUUGGGAUUUCAUUUGUAUUUUGGAAGUAUUUAAAUUGAAAAAAAAAAAGAGUAAAGAUUCUUAAAUCAA